AUGGUCAGAACGUGCGCCGUUUGCAGCCCGCUCGCGCCCACAGCGCUCCCCGCGGGACCGCGGAAGAUUCUCACGCUCGUGCUAGUCCAGGGCCAGGCCGAGGGCGGCGCCCGGUCGCUGCUCCUGGGGCUCAAAAAGCGGGGGUUCGGUGCCGGGUACAUGAACGGCUUCGGAGGCAAGGUCGAGCACGGGGAGACGAUCCUAGCCGCGGCGGAGCGGGAGCGCCACGAGGAGGCCGGCGUGGCCCCGGCGUCGCAGCUCGAGCGCCGCGGGGUCCUGACGUUCGUCUUCGACGACGGCCACGCGCCGUGGGAGACCCACGUCUUCUACGCCAGCGGAGUCAGGGGCGAGCCUGCGGAGACAGACGAGAUGCGCCCGAUGUGGGUGCGGGAGGAGGACCUUGACUACUCGAAGAUGUGGGCGGACGACGAGUUCUGGUACCCAUACUUCCUGCGCGGCAAGUGCUUCCAGGGAACGUUCUGGUUCGAGAACACACACACCAUGGUGGACCAGCAACUGGAGCCAGUUGAGGGCGUGGGGCACGUCGCGGGGCACUGCGUGCACACCCCGGUGGACCUGCGGGGGCCCGAUGGGACGCUUGGGAAGUACUCGCACUACAUGGUGGGUUUGCGGCAGUGA